AUGAAUACUUUAUACGCAAUCAUAGUUUUUCUAUGCUAUGCGUCUAUCAAUAAUUUCGUGUAUAGUUUUGAAUUCAUCUUUCAACGAGACGGUACUAGUGAUCCGGAUGUUUUUUUAAAUUCGCCGCAAUUGGUUCGAAAAUAUAAUUACACUGUUGAAGAGCACGAGGUUACGACGGAGGAUGGAUAUAAGUUAAAUAUCUUCAGGAUACCAAAGAAAGCACCACCAGUUCUAUUGGUCCAUGGAAUUGGAGACAGUUCUGAUUGCUGGUUGGUACUGGGUCCCAAACACUCCCUGGCGUAUCAACUAGCAGAUAAUGGCUACGAUGUUUGGUUAUUCAACGCAAGAGGAAACCGGUACAAUAAGGAAAAUGUCAAUAAAGUACCGGAUAAAAUAUUUUGGGACUUCUCGUUUGAGGAAAUUGGAUAUAGAGAUUUACCAAGGACCAUUGAUUACAUAUUGAAUGUAACGAGUAUUUCAAAAUUGACGUACAUCGGAUUCUCUCAAGGAACAACAGUGUUUUUGGUGAUGUUGAGUUUGAGACCUGAGUAUAACAUUAAAAUAGAACAUGCCAUUCUAUUGGCCCCUGUCAGUUCUUUGAUUACAACAAAGUAUCCACUUAUAGAAUUUUUCUAUAACAAUCUAGAUAAUUUGAAGUCUCUCGCUAGGCGAAUUUAUGAAGUGUUUCCAUUCAAUGAAAGUUUAAAUCGUUAUCACGUGUCAGUGUGCAAUCCACGAUCGCCUUUGCGAUUACUUUGUGAAUUGGAAUUAUUUGUUAAUUUUGGUUUGAAAAAAUUGACGAAUCUGUUACCAGAAAAAUUGCCAGUCAUAACAAGUCACAUACCCGCUGGAACAUCUUCAAAACUCUUUCUACAUUUCCUCCAAUCCUAUAAAGGUUUUCGCAGAUACGAUUACGGUGGAACAAGAAAUAAAAUCGUUUAUUCCUCGCCAUCCCCACCAGAAUAUAAUUUAUCUAAAAUAUUUGUGCCAGUUACUCUAAUUACCAGCGAAGUGGAUUGGUUCAGCGCAAUUGAUGAUGUGAAUGUACUUAAAAAUAAGCUGCAUAAAGUAGAUAAAUUUAUAGUGAUUGAUAAAAACCGCCAGUUUACGCAUCUAGAAUUUAUAUACGGUGCUAGGGUAAACAAAUUUGUUAAUCAACCCGUUAUAAAUAUUUUAGGAUAUAUACAUAAACUGUAA